CAAUUCACACCAGUACCAAAAACGAUAUUGCUACCAUCUGUGCGAAUCAGGUUUAAGAAUGGUGUUCGAAAUAAAAAAUAAAGUGGCGUUAAUUACAGGAGGUGCCUCAGGAUUGGGAUUAGAACAUGCAAAAGCUUUGUUGGAGAAUGGAGUUAAGGGUGUAACCAUAGCAGAUGUAAAUGAAGGGAAUGGUACCAAGGUUGCGGAAGAACUCCAAGGAAAAUACGGCAAGGAUAGGGUGAUAUUUGUUAAAACUGAUGUAACUGACAAAGAAAGUUUCGAAAAUGCCUUUCUAGCUACAGUCGCUGCAUUUAGAUAUGUAGAUAUCCUCAUCAAUAAUGCUGGCAUAUUAAAGGAUGUGAAUAUGUCACUGACCGUAGAUAUCAAUGUCAAAGGAACACUGAAUGGCAUUAUAUUGGGUAUGGAAACAUAUUUAAAACAAUACAAACAAGGCAAAGAAGCUGUAAUUCUAAACACCUCUUCUAUUAAUGGAGUAAACGGGAUGCCCAUAGCGCCAGUAUACGGCGCAACAAAAUUUGCUGUUACAGGAAUGACAUUGUGUUGGGGUGAUCCUUUUCACUUUGAAAGAACCAAAGUGCGUGUCAUAGCUGUUUGUCCGGGUCUUACCGAAACCCCUUUGAUGGAGAGUUCAUUAAAACCGGAAUGUUUAGUAAAUCCGGAGUAUUAUAAACCGUAUCAGCUAGCUCUACAAGCGGGCCUAUUACCACUGCAAGAACCUGACCAUGUUGGCAAAGAAACUAUUGGAGUUUUAAAAUAUGCCCCCAAUGGAACUCUUUGGGUAAUAGAAGGAGGAGCACCAGCCUAUCAGUUUACCAUUGCAGAGAGAGAUGUGUUUGCGGACAAAUUAUUAAAAACUUCAUAAUACAGUUAAUUAAAAUUUAUUACUUGUUUUAAAUUUGUUUGUUUUUGUUUAACAAUGUUUUUAAUUUCUUAUUAAAUUUUGUAUUGAAAUACU